AUGUCGUUUUGGCCCUUCACCAAUGCGUUGAAUAAGAACACGCAUCUACUGAAGUUCUUAGACGGAAUUCAAGAUUUGAGUGGUGUGUCCGCUAAGGAUAUUAUAGAAGACCGUUCAUUGGCGCAGGAGAUCUUGAUAGAGCUUCAGGAUAUAAAGGGCACGUAUAAGACCAACUUGGGCAACCUACAAUUCCUUGAUAGUGGGAGUAACAGUAGCAGUGGUACUGGUACUGGUGGUGGUGGUGGUGGUGGCAAUAGUAAUAAUAAUGGGACUGCUAGUACCAACUCUGAUGUAGUGCUGAUCUCGUCGUCGACCAAUGAAACAACGGCAAAUACAAAGGACACCCGGAGCUCCAAGUUGGUUGAGUUAUUGGUUCAGCCGCAUAUCUUGGAUGGAAUGUUGGACUAUUUGGCCAAUAGUGUUGAUUUCUUUUAUAAGGCCCAGCAGGAGGAGGAGGAGAAUCUAAGGAAACUUGUUGAUGAUCAUGGACAUGACGAUGAUCAUGGACAUGAUGAUAGUCAUAAGCAUGAGCAAGAUAGUGACCAUGACGAUAGUCAAGAUGCUGAUGAAGUGGGUGGUGAGCAUGAUGGUGAUGGUCAUAGUGGCAACGCAGACUACGAUGAUGAUGAAUCAGAGGAUGACAAAAUGAGAAGAUACGUACAAUCGGCUUCAGAUAUCCUUAGCAUUGAUAUGUGGAUUAUUCUGAAUCGAAUCAUUGAGUGUCCGCCUAUUAUGAAUAAGUUUUGGCUGAUUUUGAAGCUCCCCAAUCUCUUUGAUUGUUCACCUUCAGUCACUUAUAUGGUACACAUAUUGGACCAAUUUAUGGAUGCCAAUAGCAUUGAGUUGUUGAACUUUUUAAGAAGACAAGAGGACUUGGUGGAUACGUUUUUAUCCAAAAUUUGCAUACCAUUAUUGAUGGACUUCUUUCUCCGAGUCAUUCAAACAGAUAAACCCGAUUCUCCCACGGGGAUCUUGGACACUUUAUCCAGUCAAGGGUUGAUUCCGAAACUAAUGGCAAUAUUAAAGCCCAACCCCGCUGAGUUUGAUCCCAAUGUCGAUUUUAUUCCGGAUCAUCAAGUGUUUUUCAACCAAUCAGCAGCUACAGACUUUCUUAAGGCUUUGAUCACCAUCUCUUCCAAUACGGCAUUGGCCGUGGUUCUAGAGACCAAUAUUGGGCCUAAUCUGUUGACCAGAGAAUUGGUAUCACCCAAAAUCAUUAAUAUGAUGAUCCAUGACAUUAUACUCUACGAACCUCCCGUCACCAAAGAUGGAAAGAGACAGACCAACAAGCAUGGAAUCAAUAAUUGCGUGGGGAUCAUCAUUGAGCUUAUUAGAAAAAAUAAUUCAGACUACGACUUGAACUGUGGUAGUUAUAGUUCAAUGCUUCAAGUAAGUGAAAAUGGAGCUUGUGAAAUAAACCCCUAUGUGAUGUUCCAAUGGUUAAAAGACUUUGAAAAAAAUCCUCCGGGACCUAGAGACCCUUUAUAUUUGGGUGAAAUGUUACAUAUUUUCUCCGAGAAUUUGGAUAAACUCAAGGCUUUAAUGGAUAGUGAUCCCAUACCUCCUCGACAAUUACAGGGAGAAGAGAUUCUUGGGUUCACAAGGUUUAAAAUUUCGGAAUUGAUAGCAGAAUUGUUACAUUGUUCCAAUAUGAUCCUUUUGAAUUCCAUGAAGAUUAGAAAGAUUGUGGAAAUUCGAGAUCGUGUUCGUGAUCAGCAAUGUUCCCGAUUACAGAGGGCCUUGGGCGAUAAUCUUUCGUUUCUUGAUGUUAAAGAUAUAACCAAUAAAUUAGACGACAUCUCAUUGGAUGAUGUACCAAUCAUUGAAGAAGACGAACAGGAGGACAACGAUAUCAAUAUCUUCAGUCAACCACAAUCAAUAACCAAUUUCCAGGAAUUAAUUGAUGCUUUAGAUGUUGAUGAAGAUUCUGAAGACGAAGAGCCCGUGAUUUCUCCGGAAAAUCCCUUUGUCUGUAAAGAAAGAGACCUUGCUAUCAGAAUGGACCCCUGUGUGGGUAAUUUCUUCAAGAUUAAGUUUUUGGAUCUGGGUUUAUUGCGUGAUAUUGUCAAAAAGUUUAUCCAAUAUCCAUGGCACAAUUUUUUCCACAAUGUUGUAUUUGAUUUAAUACAGCAAAUCUUUAAUGGGAAAUUAAACUCCUAUAACUCGUUUUUGAUUGUGGAUUUAUUCCGUAAGGACUGUUGUGACAUCACCAACGUCAUUGUUAAUACGUUUAAAGAAGAAAAAGUCCCUAGACCAGGGUACAUGGGUCAUAUGGUACUAAUUAGUGAGGAGGUGGUCAAGUUUACCUCGUUGUACAAGCCAGACUUAAUAUCGCCAGUUAUAGUAGAGGCUGUGACGUCUGAGGAAUGGGAUUGGUUUGUGAACACAGUUUUGAUUCGAAUCCGGGAGGUUUACAAUGCGGUGUUGGGGUCAGACAUGACGGAUAUUGAUUCACCUGAUCAAGAGGGACAAGAAUAUGGAUUUGACUCGGGAACAGUGGGGUAUUUGGAUCUCGAUAACUUUGGUGGGAAGAAACCCAUCAUUCUUGGAGAUUCAAGUAACCAUGAUGCCUUUAUUGGUGACGGAGAGGAAGGAGAAGAUACUGAUGAUACUGAUGAUACUGCUGAUGAAGAUGAAGUUGAUAAAGGUGACAGCACCAAAUUGCCAGAGUUAAAGAACAUUAAUCCGGCUACAUCCAAUCUUGAGAACGAAUACACCAACGAAUAUAAUGGAGAUGAGAUUUUGGAAAGCUUAUCUGGGUCAGAUUCAUCAUCUGAGGACGAUAAUGACGAUGAUGAUGUUGUUGAAGAGGAAGAGCCAUAUGAAGUCAAAGAGGUUCAAGAAGGUUCAGGAACCAAUGAACUACGGAGAGUACAAAGACAUGCACGAUAA